AUGUACCUCGUCGACAAUCACUCACAUCUUCCCCAGGUCCAGCAUUUAGCGUCCGCUUCCUUUGCCGCUGGACACCUGAAUCCUGAAACCACAUGGACCAUGGGCCGCCGCACCCGCCACUUCAAGGUUAAUUUGCUGAGGGCGCCAAAGCACGCUCCGCCUGCGCCCGCGCCUGCUCCUGCUCCUGCUACUGCUCCAAACGAUAGCCUCCUUGCUCUCGAUGGCUGCACCCUCAAGGCCGGCCGACAUAACGGAGAAAGCCAGCAACUGCGGGUUGACGCCCGACCUUCGAAACCAGUCACCGCUCAUCCCAUACAUGGUCAUGGAUGGCUGGCCAACCCUUCUAACAUCGACCCGCGGGGACAUUUCGUUGCUAGGACUCGUCCAUCUUGCAGCCAUCCAUAA